GCUUGCCAGUGGGUCAUUUUUAGUGCUUUGCCAUUUUUUUGACUAGCCGUAUUAUUUUCUCGAAGUUUUAUGUACCGUGAAGCGUUUGAUAAGUGUAGUAAAAUGAAAUUGCUUUUAGUGGAUUGAUGCAGUGGAAAAACAGUGUGUGGCCUUGUGAAUUAUAGAAGUGGUGCGGUCAAAGGGUUCAUUUUUUUUUGUUGGGGCAGGGCAGCCUUUUUAAAACUCAUAAAUCAAGGAUUAAAUCGACUUAAGAACAUAAGUCUGGGAAAAACAAUUCCAGAUUGCCAGACCAAGUGGAAAACUGCCCACCGAAUGGCUGUGGCAGUGGCAGUGGCCAAAAAGUCAACAUGCAAAUUGCCUGCGUCGGACCCAGCACCGAUCCCCAUCCAAACGAGAGCACCAGCAGCCAGCACCGGAGCCAGAGCCUGAGCCAGCAUCCGCAUCUGCAGAAGCAGAAGCCAGAGCAAGAGCAGCAGCAGGAGCAGGACCCGCAGCAAAAGCACAAUAAAAAUUGCCUAUAAAUGGGCGGAAGAGCAAAAGGAAGUGGAAAAGGAAGGCAGGACGGUCGUUCGCUGGAUGUGGGGGCCAUGGAUAUACGCACAAGGACAACAGCAGGAGGAGAAGAGCCAGCAGUAGCCGAGCCCCACCGAAUGGGGGGAGCAGGCCAGGGAGGAGUCAAACAGUACAACAAAGCCAACAAACUUCCGCAUAGGAUGCGCCGGAACGGAAGCUAUUUUGGCCGCCUGAAUGUGAGCGUGUUCCUCAUCUACUUGUGGUGCUAUCUGCUGCUGAUAAUGGCCGCAUCUGGCGGCAGCAACAAUGUGGUGAACGGCCUCAAAUGCUACUGCAAUCCGAAGGAAUGCGAUGUAAUACGCUCGCUCGACUGCCCCGGCAAGGGCCUGAUGCUCUGGGAUCCAUGCAAAUGUUGUCGCAUCUGCGCCAAGACCUUGGGCGAAUCCUGCGGCGGUCCCGGCGGUUUUUCCGGCCAAUGUGAGCCGCCCCUGCAGUGUGUGACCAAGCUGCCCAUUAGCAGCGGUCUGGGCGUGUGCAUGGAUUUGCAACACCUGACCGCCCUGACCUCCUCGCAUGACAACUGUACCGAGGCGGAGUCCAUUGUCUUGCAGCCGGGCUGCGAGAUCACCAACAAGCGCUGCCAGUGCUGGCCUAUCAUGCGCACCUGUCUCAGCGAGCUAUCCAGCGACGGGGCAUCCCCCAAUGACUCACGUUGGCACUUCAAGAACUUGGAGGACUGCCAGUUGAAUUUGCAAAAUCUCAUCAAACUCGAACUGGAAUUCGAUGGAGACUACAAAAUCUCACCGAGCAAAUUCACCUACAAAAAGCUCCGCAGAAAGCGAAAGUCCUUGAGGAAACGCAUCAUCAUCUUGGACGAUUGAGGGCCACACUCAGAAAGCCAUAUGUAACGUCCUCUCUCUCUAUUGUAUGUUCUCCGAAAAACUCAGCAAAAACCAAACGAAAGAUCUUGUACAGAUAGUAUGCUUACUUCUAAAUGAUAAUAUGGCUAUUAUAAAUACCAAUACAUAUACAUACAUAAAUACCUAUACAUAUACAAAGGGGAAA